CAACGAUUACGUCAUAUCCCGGGUUCAUCGAUGGCGAGUGCAGACGUUGAAGAUUUCAUUGAACAAAACAGGCACUUAUCAGACUUUGUCGAAACUUUUCGCACCAUAUCUGAGAGCGAGAAACACUGGAAAUCCAGAAGGGAGUUUAUAUUUAGAAAUAUUAACGACUAUGAGGAUCCUCACGUAGAUCAUCUGCUCGCGCUAUCCAUGGUGUGGGCGAACAACGUGUUCCUCGGCUGCAGGUAUAAUCCUGUCCUGCUGGAGAAAGUAAAAGAAAUGGCAGAGGGGAUUGUUGUGGAAGAUGCCCCCAUUUUUAAAACCAGAGACGAACUGAUCAAACAACAGAAGAGGUGAUGCCGACAGGAUUCUUCAUUGUUUUAGCAGCAUCACUAAACCUGCUGAAUAAGGAACCAUUCAUGGAAAAGAAAUAUCUGAAAUACAUGGACACCAAGGCGUUUUUGUCUUCAGUUUUUUUUCUAUUUGCAUGUGAUAUGAAAAUUAAUUUUAGCUGUGGUUAAUGUAGAUUUUACCAUACUAGUUUCUUUUUUUAUUGCCAAUGUGCUGUUAGUCAUUUGCUACAAUAAAAUGUAUACAUUUCAUAA